UGUUGCUGUUGAGUCACCCCUGACUGGUAAUAGCCAGAUAGCAGAAAACAACAAGAGAUGAUGCUGGAGAGCUCGGCAUCUUUAAACCAUUCCAGAGAGUGAAUAAAUGCGUUUUUCAAUUAGGAUAUCACCUUGAGCAUUUGUGCUUUACUUUACAAGACUAACGUUUUAUCAAAAUGAUGGAAGAAAUUGACAGAUUUCAAGUACCACCAGUAAAUCCAGAGAUGAAGCUGCUGGAUCCUGCAGCAACGUCCACUUUGGAGGCUGAAACAGGAACAAGAGAAUCAGAGUCAGUCGCCAUCAACUACAAGCCUUCUCCGCUGCAAGUGAAGAUAGAGAAACAGCGAGAGCUUGCGAGGAAGGGCUCGGUGAAGAAUGGAACUGUGGGUAGUCCAGUCAAUCAGCAGCCCAAGAAAAAUAACGUUAUGGCCAGAACAAGGUUGGUUGUCCCUAAUAAAGGCUAUUCAUCCUUAGACCAGAGUCCAGAUGAGAAGCCACUUGUAGCACUGGACACUGACAGUGACGAUGACUUCGAUAUGUCCAGAUAUUCAUCAUCUGGAUAUUCCUCAGCCGAGGUGAGAUGUCUAAAUUACCAGCAAAUAAACCAAGACUUAAACAUCCAGCUGCUGAAGGAUGGCUACCGAUUGGACGAAAUCCCAGAUGAUGAAGACCUUGAUCUCAUCCCCCCCAAAUCAGUCAACCCCACCUGCAUGUGCUGCCAAGCCACUUCCUCCGUAGCCUGUCAAAUUCAGUAACCCCAGCUUCCCUUGAACCCCUCCUGUCCCGAGCCUGUGAGUUAAGCUCACUGUUAGCACCCUCAGCAUAGAUUAACUACUAAAGAACUUAAAAACAAUAGAAUGGGUGUAUUAAAAUUAACAUAAAAUAGGGAAAAGUAAUGAAUGAAAAUGCACAAGUAUGUCACUGUCUUUGGUUCCUCCUAUGGUAGGACGUAUCAUCACCAGAGGGCACUAGAAUUAGGCGUGUAUAGCUGUAAGAUGCAUCGAGGUGUAUAUAAACGCAUGGUGCAACAUUAGAAGAAUACAGCUCUUUUAAAAUGGAACAAAAAUGAACAUUUCACACUACAGUUUUCCCAACGUUUUUGUCUUAAAUACCCACACAGUUCAUCAGGAAGGGCCCCUUUACACCAAAUCAGAAAUGUUUUCCUUUUCACUUAUAUAAUGCGUAUUUAAAAAUGAUUAAUUUAAAGAGCAAGAGUAUCUUUUGGCAACCCUAAUGAUUUUAUUUUUAUUUAAACUCCUACUAAGAUUUUAGUUUUUUUUUUUUUUUUUGGGAAUGAUUGCUCUAGAAUAUCUGCCUUUGUUUAACUGAUGUUCUUAGGACAGAUGUGUUUGUUUUGUAAUGAAAGGGAGUGUAUAGUGACCAGGUGAAUUUGUUUCACAGAUAAUUUAGAUUGCAUACGUACAUAUUAAUAUAUUAUAUGUAGCUUUGUAGCACACACUAAUAAAGGGAAUACUCUUAAAUUGAGAUAUCCAUACGGAAGACACCGAUCUGCUACGAGAUUGACAGCAGAUGUAAUUAAGUCAGGGAAUUUCAUUGAAUAAUUGAGAUGUGUUUACUAAGAGACUUUAUUUUUUGAACAUUCUUUUGUGUUCAGUGUUUCGGUCAGUGUUGCUGCACACAAACCCAACGGUUAAACUGGAUUAAAGGAACUUAAAUGUUAGUUUUCAAAGAUAAACUAAAACUGUACCUCUACAUAAGACUCAAGAUAAUUGGGUACAGUUUUCUGAUUCAUUUCUGACAGCUCUUUGUUUUGAGAAUUGUCGCGAUGUAUUAGGAGGGGAAGAAAGCUUUUAUUGAUUUACUUGAAGAAAAUAGCAGCUGCCAGAUACAUAUCCCAUAAUCUCUGUCCUUAACAGGAUAAAAAUUCUAUACAUUUUUUUUUAUCCGAUUUCUGUCAGAAUGCACAAAAUGUGUUGCUUCUUUAUUUUAAAGAUGGAAAGGUUGUGAAAUGCCUAUGUCCAACAUUCAGAAUGUUGCCAGAAAUCAAUUUGACACUUUUGUGCUCUCGUCUUUAUAGUAAUUUGAAAGUUCAGUACCAUUUUGUCUGACAUUAAGUGUAGUACUCUGGAACAGGUUGCUGUUUCUCUUCAAUUUGAUGCCUUUCCUUACAAAUGUCUUUAGAAAUUAAUUUCAGCUGUUUGAGUCAGUGGCCAAAUCUAUAUUAUUUCUGUUAAAAACAACAACAACACUCAGAGUAUGAAGUUCUUUGCAUCUAUUUGAAUAUUGUACUGUUCUCUACAGUAUUUCUGUUUUCUUUUUGUCUUGCAACAGUUGUUUGUUUUGUACAUCUUACAGAGCACCUUAUCGUCUUGCGUGUACAUCGUCACCCAGUUGCCAUUGCCAGCUGUAAUUAAGUGCCAUUGCACCAAGCACAUAACCUAGUAACACUCCAGUUUUCAUCUGAUGUGGCAAAUUAAGAGAAUUUAUGAAGGGAGAUUACAAUAUAACAGAAUAGUAAUCUAAUAUUUCGUUUUUUGUUUAUACACUAUUGUUCAAAAGUUUGAGGUCAGUAGGAUUUUUCUUUUUUUCUAAUAGCUUAGUAGUGUUUUUUUUUUUUUUUUUUAGCAAAAAUGCAUUAAUUUGGCAGUGAAGACAUUUAUGGCGUUAAAUUAUUUCUGCUUCAAAUGACUGCUUUUCUUUUGCAUUUUCUAUUAAUUAAAAUCCUAAAAAAAAAAAAAAAAAAAACAUUGUUUCCACCAAUUUUUUUAAUCAGUAUAGUUUCAGACAUGCCAUAAAAAAUAAUCGUAUAAUUCAGACAUUUUUUUUUUUUUGCAAUUCAGACUUUUUUUCUUGAAAUCUCAAGUUUAUUUCCAUCAGUUCUGGCUUUUCUUCUCAGAAAGUCUGAAUUGUGAGAUAAAAUGUCACAAUUACCUGUAUUUUUUAUUUUGAAUCCGGUGGCGGAAACAAGCUUCCACAGUUUUCAUCAUUGCCAUCAAUGAAUUACUUUUUAAUAUAUAUAUAUAUUAAAAUAGAAAACAGUUAUUUUCCGUUAUAAUAAUAUUUCACAAUAUUACUGUUUUUACUAUAUAAAUUCUGUCUUCAAGAAUCUUGAAAGAUCUGAUAUAUGAAUUGACAAGCUUUUUGUUUUGAUUAUUGUGGAUCGGUGGAUCAUUUUGAAACUCCUUCAGAACAGUAUGCUGUUACAUAUUUUCUUUUUACUGCUUUUCAUAUGGAUACAAAAAUGCAACAAUGCAAACUCCCCAAACCUAUAUCCCGAAAUGCUUACAUUUUGUAUUGAUAUGCAGGCAAGUAUUUCAUACUCCACUGCCAUAUAGAGGUGCAUUCACUGUUUUUGUGUAUUUCAUGGUGUCAUUGACACCAGCAUGAGCAUUACACAAAUGUUUUCAUUUGCCAGUGCCAGUGUUUAUUUAUUCCACAAGAGAAAAUAUCCAUUUUUGGCCAUGUUUCAGAGUGGUAUAGCCCUUAGCGUAACACAAACCUACAAAAUUCCUGUUCAGUAAACUUACCAUAGAUAUGCACAGUAGAUGGAGAAUUCUGUGAGUUUGGCAAGUUCUCUUAAGCUUGCCAUUUCUAAGCUUUCAUGGCACUUACAGAUGUGCCGUACGACUGACUGAUCUGUGUAGUGAUGAAUGAGGAAUCUGUCAUCCGCUGUGCCUCUGCUUUGGUUCUUUGGUUCAAGAUAAACACUCACAAACUGUUGUGUAACGCCUAAUAGAUUAUCCGCUUUCUGUUACUACACUUAAGUAGACUAUGCCUUAAGUCUUGCUAUACAAUGGGUCAUGUUAUUUAUUGCCAGUGGUAUGUUUUUAAUUUAUUGAUAUUCAGGAUUUUUUUUAACAUUUAGUUUUUUGUUCUAUUUUCUUUCCUACAUUUUCCCCCUUCUGUUGAUAAAUAUGAUUGUAAAGACAUGAACAGUUUCCAUGCCAGUAUUUAACAAUGUUGUUCUGUGUAGUGAAUCAUAUCAGUAAAUACAAUUACAGUAAAUUACAAUUGCAACA